AUGACUGCCCCGGCCGCGACCGAUAUUACCGAGUCCGCCGUUGGCGCGGCGGCCGUUGAAGCGUUCAAAAAAAUGUCGCUCGCACAGAAACAAGCAAAGAAGGAGGCCAAACUCAAGAGGCAGCAAGACAAGCAUGCGGCAGAGAUGGACGCCGCUCCCGGCCCCCUCAUCACGCCCGCGGGCGAUCUCUGGCCGCGGCCGUAUUACUUUGAGGGCGGCUUGCGCCGCGUGGAACCGUACCAUUUUACAUAUAACACGUGGUGCAAGGAGAGAUGGCGCGGGCGCACCCUGAUUGACAUUUUCGCAUGCGAAUUUCGCGACCGACCGCUGGAGUAUUACCGCGCCGCGAUGGAACUGGGCGAUAUAUUUGUCAACCAGCGCAAGGUUGGCCCUGAAUAUAUUGUACGGAAUGGUGACAAAAUCUCACACACGCUGCACCGCCAUGAGCCGCCGGUGACGGCAGAACCCGUGGGCAUCAUCCACGAGGACGAUGACAUGAUUGUCAUCAACAAACCAGCUGGCGUGCCUGUCCAUCCGGCGGGCCGCUACAACUUCAACUCUGUCAUUGAGAUUAUGAAAUCGGAUCGUGGCAAAGAGUUCAUGCCGUACCCUUGCAAUCGGCUGGACAGGUUGACGAGCGGCAUCAUGUUUAUCGGAAAGAGCCCCAAGGCAGCCGAGGAUCUUGGUGUCAAAAUCAAAGAGCGCACGGUACGGAAAGAAUACCUUGCACGAGUUCUGGGUGAAUUUCCCGACGGUGAGGUCGUCUGCGACAUGCCCAUCCUCCAGAUCUCGCCGAAGCUAGGCUUGAAUCGUGUGAGAGCAAACGGCAAGUCGGCCAGAACGGUUUUUAAAAAGCUGGCAUACUAUCCUCCGCGCACAGCAGUCAUGCAGUCGCCAGAUGGAGAAAUCACACGGAAGAAUACAGGCUACUCCAUUGUGCGCUGCCUUCCAGUGACAGGCCGAACGCAUCAGAUCCGCGUGCACCUGCAACAUCUAGGGUAUCCUAUUCAGAACGACCCAAUUUACGCCAACCAGCGUGUAUGGGGAAUGGAUCUAGGCCAUGAUGACCCUGACGCGACGCAAAACACAGACGACGAUAUUAUCAGUCGGCUAUCGCGGAUGGGCAAGGACGAAGUAGCGCAGGCCGUGGUGUAUUAUGACGAGAUGGUGGACGAGUACGAGAAGAAGAGAGCUGAGAAGAUGACGGGCGAGCUCUGCGAGGUAUGCGCAACACCGUUAUACUCGGACCCUGGCAGCCACGAGCUGUCCUUGUGGUUGCAUAGCCUGCGGUACGAAGACGCUGAUGGUGCGUGGUCAUACAAGAGCCCGCUGCCAAAAUGGGCAAUGCCACCCGCAGGCAUGAAUGGACCGACAACGGUCGGCGGACUAGAGGAGCUUCUGGAGGCAGUACCUGAAACUGAGCCGCAGGACGGAGUUGCUGCUUUGGAAGAAGAUCGAGCCGUGAUCUGA